AUGGACCACUCCUUCAGCGGAGCGCCCCGCUUCCUGACGCGGCCAAAGGCUUUUGUGGUAUCUGUGGGCAAGGAUGCCACACUGAGCUGCCAGAUCGUGGGUAACCCCACGCCACAUGUGAGCUGGGAGAAGGACCGGCAGCCAGUGGAGGCAGGAGCACGCUUCCGCCUGGCCCAGGACGGGGAUGUGUACCGCCUCACCAUCCUGGAUCUGGCGCUCGGUGACAGUGGGCAGUAUGUGUGUCGCGCUAGGAACGCCAUCGGGGAGGCCUUCGCCGCCGUAAGCCUGCGAGUGGACUCGGAGGGCACGUGCGCCGAGCAGGCGCCCCACUUUCUGCUGCGCCCCACCUCCAUCCGCGUGCGCGAGGGCGCAGACGCUACCUUCCGAUGUCGCGUGGGCGGCUCACCACAACCGGCUGUGAGCUGGUCCAAAGAUGGGCGGCGCCUGGGCGCCCCCGAUGCCCCCCAUGUGCGCGUGGAAGAUCACGGCGAGGCCAGCGCGCUUCGCAUCCGGUCGGCACGGCCUCGCGACGGUGGCACCUAUGAAGUCCGAGCCGAGAACCCGCUGGGUUCCGCCAGCGCCGCCGCCGCGCUCGUGGUGGACUCGGAUGCCGAGGCUGCCGGACCACCCGGAGCCUCCACCGCCUCGCUCCUGGCGCAUCUGCAGCAGCGGCGCGAGGCCAUGCGCGCAGAGGGCGUCCCCCCCUCCCCACCCGGCGCCGGCACACGCACCUGCACGGUGACCGAAGGCAAACACGCGCGCCUCAGCUGCUUUGUGACCGGCGAGCCCAAGCCCGAGACAGUGUGGAAGAAGGACGGGCAGCUCGUGACCGAGGGCCGGCGCCACGUGGUGUAUGAGGAUGAGCAAGAGAACUUCGUCCUUAAGAUUCUUUUCUGCAAGCAAUCGGACCGUGGCCUCUACACUUGCACAGCCUCCAACCUCGUAGGCCAGACCUACAGCUCCGUGCUGGUGGUCGUGCGAGAGCCGGCGGUGCCCUUCAAGAAGCGGCUGCAGGACCUGGAGGUGAAAGAGAAAGAGUCUGCCACGUUCCAGUGCGAGGUGGCGCAGCCGGCCACGGAGGCGGCGUGGUUCAAGGAGGAGACGCGUCUGUGGGCCAGCGCCAAGUACCGCAUCGAGGAGGAGGGCACCGAGCGCCGGCUGACCGUGCGCGACGUCUCGGCGGACGACGACGCAGUGUACAUCUGCGAGACCACAGAGGGCAGCCGCACGGUGGCAGAGCUCUCGGUCCAAGGGAACCUGACCAGAAAGCUGCCCCGGAAGACGGCAGUGCGCGCUGGAGACACAGCCAUCUUCUGGGUGGAGCUAGCUGUCCCCACGGGCCCUGUCCAGUGGCUGCGGAACCAGGAGGAGAUGGUGGCAGGGGGCCGGGUAGCCAUCACUGCAGAAGGCACGUGCCACACACUGACCAUCUUCCAGUGCACCUUGGAGGACAUGGGUGAGGUGGCCUUUGUGGCUGGUGGCUGCCGGACGACCACCCAGUUCUGCGUAUCAGCGCCCAGAAGGCCACCCCUGUACCCCCCUGCUGACCCUGUGGUGAAGGCCAAGACAGAGAGUUCUGUGACCCUCAGCUGGUCCCCACCACCCCACGGGGACCGCCCUGUCACCAUUGAUGGUUAUGUGGUGGAGAAAAGGAGACUUGGUGCUUAUGCCUGGAGCCGGUGUCAUGAAACGGAAUGGCUGGCCACAACUGAGUUUACCAUGGCUGGUGUGGCUGAGGAGGGCGACUUCCAGUUCCGGGUGUCAGCCAUCAACCACUUUGGCCAGAGCCCUUACCUUGAGUUUCCAGGGACCAUCCACUUGGUCCCCAGGCUGGCUGUAAAGACACCUCUGAAGGCAGUGGAGGCAGUGGAGGGUGGUGAGGUCACCUUCUCUGUGGACCUCACCGUGGCCUCUGAGGGCGAGUGGUUCCUGGAUGGGGAGGCCUUGAAAGCCAGCAGCGUAUACAUGAUCCGCUGUGACCGUACCCGGCAUAUGCUCACCAUCAGAGAGGUGCCUGCCAGAUUGCAUGGGGCACAGCUGAAGUUUGUGGCUAAUGGCAUUGAAACCAGCAUCCAGAUGGUGGUCCGAGCUGCUCUGGGGCUAGCCAGCAGCAAGCUUCCUGCCGUGGCUGCCCGGGAGGUGCUGGCCCGGUUGCACGAGGAGGCCCAGCUGCUCGCUGAGCUGUCGGACCAGGCUGCGGCUGUGACUUGGCUGAAGGAUGGCCGCGAGCUGCCCCUAGGACCCAAGUACGAGAUGCAGGUGUCAGCUGGGAGGCGAGCCCUGCUGGUGCGGGAUGUGGUGCAGGAUGAUGCUGGCCUCUACGAGUGCGUUAGUCGUGGGAGCCGCAUUGCCUACCAGUUGUUGGUCCAAGAGCCCAAGGUGGUGUUUGCCAAGGAGCAGCAGGCUCGCAGCGAGGUGAAGGCAGAGGCAGGGGCCAGUGCCACACUGAGCUGCACGGUGGCCCAGGCCCAGACUGAGGUGACCUGGUUCAAGGAUGGGAAGAAGCUGAGCUCUGGCUCGAAGGUUCGAGUGGAGGCCUCAGGCUGUGAGAGGAGGCUGGUGGUGCAGCAGGCGGGCAAGGCGGAUGCCGGGGAGUACAGCUGUGAGGCAGGGGGACAGAAGGUCUCCUUUCGUCUGGACGUCACAGAGCCCAAGAUGAUGUUUGCCACGAAGCAGCAGACACGCAGCGAGGUGAAGUCAGAGGCAGGGGCCAGUGCCACACUGAGCUGCACGGUGGCCCAGGCCCAGACCGAGGUGACCUGGUUCAAGGAUGGGAAGAAGCUGAGCUCUGGCUCGAAGGUUCGAGUGGAGGCCUCGGGCUGUGAGAGGAGGCUGGUGGUGCAGCAGGCGGGCAAGGCAGAUGCUGGAGAGUACAGCUGUGAGGCCGGGGGACAGAGGGUCUCCUUCCGUCUGGAUGUCACAGAGCCCAAGGUGGUGUUUGCCAAGGAGCAGCAGGCUCGCAGCGAGGUGAAGGCAGAGGCGGGGGCCAGUGCCACACUGAGCUGCACGGUGGCCCAGGCCCAGACUGAGGUGACCUGGUUCAAGGAUGGGAAGAAGCUGAGCUCUGGCUCGAAGGUUCGAGUGGAGGCCUCGGGCUGUGAGAGGAGGCUGGUGGUGCAGCAGGCGGGCAAGGCGGAUGCUGGGGAGUACAGCUGUGAGGCCGGGGGACAGAGGGUCUCCUUCCGCCUGGACGUCACAGAGCCCAAGAUGGUGUUUGCCAAGGAGCAGCAGACACGCAGCGAGGUGAAGGCAGAGGCAGGGGCCAGUGCCACACUGAGCUGCACGGUGGCCCAGGCCCAGACUGAGGUGACCUGGUUCAAGGAUGGGAAGAAGCUGAGCUCUGGCUCGAAGGUUCGAGUGGAGGCCUCGGGCUGUGAGAGGAGGCUGGUGGUGCAGCAGGCGGGCAAGGCGGAUGCCGGGGAGUACAGCUGUGAGGCUGGGGGACAGAGGGUCUCCUUCCGUCUGGACGUCACGGAGCCCAAGGUGGUGUUUGCCAAGGAGCAGCAGACACGCAGUGAGGUGAAGGCAGAGGCAGGGGCCAGUGCCACACUGAGCUGCGCGGUGGCCCAGGCUCAGACCGAGGUGACCUGGUUGAAGGAUGGGAAGAAGCUGAGCUCUGGCUCGAAGGUUCGAGUGGAGGCCUCGGGCUGUGAGAGGAGGCUGGUGGUGCAGCAGGCGGGCAAGGCGGAUGCCGGGGAGUACAGCUGUGAGGCCGGGGGACAGAAGGUCUCCUUCCGUCUGGAUGUCACAGAGCCCAAGGUGAUGUUUGCCAAGGAACAGCAGGCUCGCAGCGAGGUGAAGGCAGAGGCGGGGGCCAGUGCCACACUGAGCUGCACGGUGGCCCAGGCCCAGACUGAGGUGACCUGGUUCAAGGAUGGCAAGAAGCUGAGCUCUGGCUCGAAGGUUCGAGUGGAGGCCUCGGGCUGUGAGAGGAGGCUGGUGGUGCAGCAGGCGGGCAAGGCAGAUGCUGGAGAGUACAGCUGUGAGGCCGGGGGACAGAAGGUCUCCUUCCGUCUGGACGUCACAGAGCCCAAGGUGGUGUUUGCCAAGGAGCAGCAGACACGCAGCGAGGUGAAGGCAGAGGCAGGGGCCAGUGCCACACUGAGCUGCACGGUGGCCCAGGCCCAGACUGAGGUGACCUGGUUCAAGGAUGGGAAGAAGCUGAGCUCUGGCUCGAAGGUUCGAGUGGAGGCCUCGGGCUGUGAGAGGAGGCUGGUGGUGCAGCAGGCGGGCAAGGCGGAUGCCGGGGAGUACAGCUGUGAGGCCGGGGGACAGAGGGUCUCCUUCCGUCUGGACGUCACAGAGCCCAAGGUGGUGUUUGCCAAGGAGCAGCAGACGCACAGCGAGGUGAAGGCAGAGGCGGGGGCCAGUGCCACACUGAGCUGCACGGUGGCCCAGGCCCAGACCGAGGUGACCUGGUUGAAGGAUGGGAAGAAGCUGAGCUCUGGCUCGAAGGUUCGAGUGGAGGCCUCGGGCUGUGAGAGGAGGCUGGUGGUGCAGCAGGCGGGCAAGGCGGAUGCUGGAGAGUACAGCUGUGAGGCCGGGGGACAGAGGGUCUCCUUCCGUCUGGAUGUGCCAGAACCCAAGGUGGUGUUUGCCAAGGAGCAGCAGACACACAGCCAGGUGAAGGCAGAGGCGGGGGCCAGUGCCACACUGAGCUGCACGGUGGCCCAGGCCCAGACUGAGGUGACCUGGUUCAAGGAUGGGAAGAAGCUGAGCUCUGGCUCGAAGGUUCGAGUGGAGGCCUCGGGCUGUGAGAGGAGGCUGGUGGUGCAGCAGGCGGGCAAGGCAGAUGCUGGAGAGUACAGCUGUGAGGCCGGGGGACAGAGGGUCUCCUUCCGUCUGGACGUCACAGAGCCCAAGAUGGUGUUUGCCAAGGAGCAGCAGACGCACAGCGAGGUGAAGGCAGAGGCGGGGGCCAGUGCCACACUGAGCUGCACGGUGGCCCAGGCCCAGACUGAGGUGACCUGGUUCAAGGAUGGGAAGAAGCUGAGCUCUGGCUCGAAGGUUCAAGUGGAGGCCUCGGGCUGUGAGAGGAGGCUGGUGGUGCAGCAGGCGGGCAAGGCGGAUGCCGGGGAGUACAGCUGUGAGGCCGGGGGACAGAGGGUCUCCUUCCGUCUGGAUGUCACAGAGCCCAAGGUGGUGUUUGCCAAGGAGCAGCAGGCUCGCAGCGAGGUGAAGGCAGAGGCGGGGGCCAGUGCCACACUGAGCUGCACAGUGGCCCAGGCCCAGACUGAGGUGACCUGGUUCAAGGAUGGGAAGAAGCUGAGCUCUGGCUCGAAGGUUCGAGUGGAGGCCUCGGGCUGUGAGAGGAGGCUGGUGGUGCAGCAGGCGGGCAAGGCGGAUGCUGGAGAGUACAGCUGUGAGGCCGGAGGACAGAAGGUCUCCUUCCAUCUGGACAUCACAGAGCCCAAGGUGGUGUUUGCCAAGGAGCAGCAGGCUCGCAGCGAGGUGAAGGCAGAGGCGGGAGCCAGUGCCACACUGAGCUGCACAGUGGCCCAGGCCCAGACUGAGGUGACCUGGUUCAAGGACGGGAAGAAGCUGAGCUCUAGCUCGAAGGUUCGAGUGGAGGCCUCGGGCUGUGAGAGGAGGCUGGUGGUGCAGCAGGCGGGCAAGGUGGAUGCUGGGGAGUACAGCUGUGAGGCCGGGGGACAGAGGGUCUCCUUCCGCCUGGAUGUCACAGAGCCCAAGGUGGUGUUUGCCAAGGAGCAGCAAGCUCGCAGCGAGGUGAAGGCAGAGGCGGGGACCAGUGCCACACUGAGCUGCACGGUGGCCCAGGCCCAGACUGAGGUGACCUGGUUCAAGGAUGGGAAGAAGCUGAGCUCUGGCUCGAAGGUUCGAGUGGAGGCCUCGGGCUGUGAGAGGAGGCUGGUGGUGCAGCAGGCAGGCAAGGUGGAUGCUGGAGAGUACAGCUGUGAGGCCGGGGGACAGAAGGUCUCCUUCCGUCUGGACGUCACAGACACCAAGGUGGUGUUUGCCAAGGAGCAGCAGAUGCACAGCGAGGUGAAGGCAGAGGCAGGGGCCAGUGCCACACUGAGCUGCACAGUGGCCCAGGCCCAGACUGAGGUGACCUGGUUCAAGGAUGGGAAGAAGCUGAGCUCUGGCUCGAAGGUUCGAGUGGAGGCCUCGGGCUGUGAGAGGAGGCUGGUGGUGCAGCAGGCGGGCAAGGCGGAUGCUGGAGAGUACAGCUGUGAGGCCGGGGGACAGAAGGUCUCCUUCCGCCUGGACGUCACAGAGCCUGAGUCCCGAAUUCCAGAGAGACCCAGCCGCAGGGAGCCUCUGGUGGUCAAGGAACACGAGAACAUUGUCCUGACCGCCACGCUGGCUGCGCCCUCUGUGGCUGCUGUGACCUGGCUCAAAGACGGCGUGGAGAUUCGACGCAGUAAACGGCAUGAGACCACCAGCCUGGGUGAUACCCACACCCUCACCGUGAAGGGUGCCCAGGUGCUAGACAGUGCCAUCUACAGCUGCCGUGUUGGCAAGGAGAGCCAGGACUUUCCGGUGCAGGUGGAAGAGGUGGCCGCCAAGUUCUCCAAACCCCUGGAGCCCGUCGAAGGGGAACUGGGUGGCACCGUGAAGCUGGUCUGCGAGCUGACCCCAGAACAGGCUGAGGUUGUGUGGCGCUGUGGGAGCACACAGCUGCGAGAGGGCAAGCGUUUCCAGAUGACAUCUGAGGGGCCUAGGCGCACACUGACUGUGUCUGGCCUCCGAGAGGAUGACGCAGAGGAGUAUGUGUGUGAGAGCCGGGAUGACCGAACCAGCGCACGGCUCACUGUCAAAGUUCCCCGGGUGGUCAAGUUUACAUCUGGAUUGAGCGCCGCGGUUGUCGAGGAAGGUCGAGAGGCCACCUUUCAGUGUGUUGUGUCUCCCAGUGAUGCAGCAGUCACGUGGUACAAGGAUGGCGCCCAGCUGCGGCCCAGCGAGAAGUUUGUUAUGGCACAGAGUGGCGCCACCUGUAGCUUGACCAUCUUGGGUCUGACCCUGGAGGAUGCUGGCCGUGUCACAGUGGAGGCUGAGGGCGCCUCAUCUUCUGCUACCCUGCGGGUCCGAGAGGCACCAGUCCUCUUCAAAAAGAAGCUUGAGCCACAGACGGUGGAGGAGAAGAGCUCCGUGACGCUGGAGGUGGAGCUGACGCGCCCCUGGCCGGAGGUGAGGUGGACACGGAAUGCCGCAGUCCUGGCGCCCAGCGAGAACGUGGAGAUCUGUGCCGAGGGUGCUCGGCACCGUCUGGUGCUGCGCAGUGUGGGCUUUGCGGACCGUGGCUUCUUCGGCUGUGAGACACCAGAUGAUAAGACCCAGGCCAAGAUCAAUGUGGAGAUGCGGCAGGUCCGGCUGGUUCGAGGUUUGCAGGCCGUGGAGGCCAAGGAACAGGGCACAGCCUCCAUGGAUGUGGAGUUGUCCCAUGCUGAUGUGGAGGGCAGCUGGACUCGAGAUGGCCUGCGGCUUCAGCCUGGGCCCACAUGUCACCUGGCUGUACAAGGCCCCAUCCACGUCCUCACACUCUCGGCGCUGAGGCCACAGGACAGCGGGUUGGUGGCCUUCAGGGCUGAGGGCGUGCACACGUCUGCACAGCUCAUUGUCACCGAGUUGCCAGUGAGCUUCACCCGACUACUACAGGAUGUGGUGGCCACCCAGAAAGAGAAAGUGACCCUGGAGUGUGAGUUGUCACGGCCAGUCGAUGUGCGCUGGCUGAAGGAUGGUGUAGAGCUGCGGGCAGGCAAGACCAUGGGCAUAGUGGCCCAGGGAGCCUGCAGGAGUCUCGUCAUUUACCGAUGUGAGAUUGGGGACCAGGGUGUCUAUGUGUGUGAUGCUCUUGACGCUCAGACCUCGGCCUCUCUGAAGGUGCAGGGGAGGACGUACACUCUGAUCUUCCGGAGGGUACUGGCGGAAGAUGCGGGAGAGAUCAAAUUUGUAGCUGAAAAUGUAGAAUCAAGAGCCCACCUCCGAGUGAAAGAGUUGCCUGUGACCCUCCUGCGCCCGCUGCGGGACAAGAUUGCCAUGGAGAAACACCGUGGCGUGCUUGAGUGCCAGGUGUCCCGGGCCAGUGCCCAGGUGCGGUGGUUCAAGGGCAGAAUGGAGCUGCAGUCUGGGCCCAAGUAUGAAGUGGUCAGCGAUGGCCUUUACCGCAAACUGGUCAUCAAUGAUGUGCAGCCGGAGGAUGAAGAUACCUACACCUGUGAUGCCGGUGACGUCAAGACCAGUGCCCAGUUCUUUGUGGAAGAGCAAUCCAUCACCAUCGUGCGAGGCCUGCAGGACAUGACAGUCAUGGAACCCGCCCCGGCCUGGUUUGAAUGUGAGACCUCCAUCCCCUCUGUGAGGCCGCCCAAGUGGCUCCUUGGUAAGACCGUGCUCCAGGCAGGGGCGAAUGUGGGCCUGGAGCAAGACGGUACUGUGCACCGGCUGACACUGCAUAAGACCUGCUCCACCAUGACCGGGCCUGUGCACUUCACCAUCGGCAAGUCCCGCUCCUCUGCCCAGCUUGUUGUCUCAGACAUCCCUGUGGUACUGACACGGCCACUGGAGCCCAAAGCAGGGCGCGAGCUGCAGUCUGUAGUCCUGUCCUGUGACUUCAGGCCGGCCCCCAAGGCUGUGCAGUGGUACAAGGAGGACACCCCGCUGGCCCCGUCAGAAAAGUUCAAGAUGGCGCUGGAGGGCCAGAUGGCAGAGCUGCGCAUACUCCGGCUCACUCCGGCUGAUGCUGGGCUCUAUCGGUGCCAGGCGGGUAACGCCCAGAGCAGUGCCAAGGUUACUGUGGAAGCUCGGGAGGUGACAGUGAUUCAGCCACUGAAGGAUGCUGAAGCCAUGGAGGAAGGCCGGGUCUGCUUCUCAUGUGAGCUGUCCCAUAAGGACGAGGACGUCGAGUGGUCACUCAAUGGGACACCCCUGUACAACGACAGCUUCCAUGAGAUCAGCCAUGAGGGCUGUCUCCACACACUGGUGCUGAAGAGUGUCCGGCAGGCCGACGCAGGCACGGUGUGUGCCACCUCCCAAAAGGUGUCAGUUUCUGCCCAGCUAGUGGUCAGAGCAAAGCCAGUGGUGUUCCUGAAAGCACUGGAUGACGUGUCUGCAGAAGAGCGUGGUACGCUGGCCCUGCAGUGCGAGGUCUCAGACCCUGGAGCACACGUGGUUUGGCGCAAAGAUGGUGUGGAGCUGGGUCCCAGUGACAAGUAUGACUUCUUACACAAGGCAGGCACUCGGGGCCUGACGGUACAUGACCUGAGCCAUGAGGAUGCCGGACUGUACACCUGCCACGUGGGCAGUGAGGAGACCCGGUCCAGGGUCAGCGUGCAUGAUCUGCACGUGGGCAUCACCAAGAGAUUAAAGACAGUGGAGGUGGUGGAGGGAGAGAGCUGCAGCUUUGAGUGUGUCCUGUCCCACGAGAGUGACAGUGACCCAGCAGUGUGGACCGUCGGUGGGAAGACAGUGGGUAGUUCUGGCCACUUUCGGGCCACUCGCCAGGGCCGCAAAUACACUCUGACCGUCAAAGACGCCGCGCUCCGUGAUGCAGGGGAGGUGGUCUUCUCAGUGAUGGGCCUCACAUCCAAGGCCUCGCUCAUCAUCAGAGAGAGGCCAGUGGAGAUCACAAAGCCCUUGGAAGACCAGCACACUACGCUUGGAGAACACGUGACGCUAAGCUGUGAGCUGUCCAGGGCGGGCACCUCCGUGCGCUGGCUGAAAGAUGGGAAGGCCAUCCGGAAGAGUCAGAAGUACGACCUGCUCAGUGAAGGCACGCGGGCUGUGCUGGUUGUCCGCGAGGCCUCACUCAAGGAUUCUGGAGAGUACACCUGCGAGACAGAAGCUUCUAGAAGCACCGCCAGGCUCCUUGUGGAAGAAAAGGCAAACCGCUUCACGGAGGAGCUGGCUGACCUGCAGGUGGAAGAGAAGGGCACAGCUGUGUUCACGUGCAAGACAGAGCACCCAGCAUCUGUCGUGACCUGGCGCAAAGGCCUCCUGGAGCUGCGUGCCUCAGGGAAGCAUGCCCCCAGCCAGGAGGGCUUGACCUUGCAGCUCACCAUCAAUGCCCUGGAGAGGACAGACAGUGAUACCUACACCUGUGACAUUGGCCAAGCCCGGACCCAGGCCCGGCUCCUUGUCCAUGGCCAGAAAGUGCGCAUUACCGAGGACCUAGAGGACACUGCCGUCCAGGAGGGCUCCUCUGCCAAGUUCUGCUGCCGUAUCUCCCCUGCUGACUACAGCCCGGUGCACUGGUUCCUGGAUAAGACCCCCUUGCACAGCAAUGAGAUGAAUGAGAUCACUGUCCAGCCUGGAGGCUACCACGUGCUGACCCUGCGGCAGCUGGCACUCAAGGACUCAGGCACUGUCUACUUCGAGGCGGGUGAUCAGCGGACCUCAGCUGCCCUGCGGGUGACUGAGAAGCCGAGCAUCUUCUCGCGGCCACUUACGGAUGUCACAGUCACAGAAGGCGAGGACUUGACCCUUGUUUGUGAAACCACCACUCUGGAUAGCUCUGUGCGCUGGACCAAAGACGGGAAGACCCUGAGGCCCUCUGCACGAUGCCAGAUGAGCUAUGAAGGCUGUCGGGCCCAGCUGGUCAUCAUUGGUACCACCCUACAAGAUGGUGGGCGAUACAAAUGUGACGUUGGCGGAACCUCCAGCAGCUCCAUUGUCAGGGUCCAUGCUCGGCCCGUGCGGUUCAGGGAGUCCCUGAAGGAUGUGGAGGUGCCAGAGGGCAGGGCUGCCACUCUACGCUGCGUGCUGUCAUCCGUGGCUGCGCCUGUGGAGUGGCGUCGUGGAGAUGACGUUGUGAAGUCCAGCAGCAAGUACAGCCUUCGCCAAGAGGGGGCUGUGCUGGAGCUGGUCAUCCGAGACCUAAAGCCCCAGGACAGUGGGCAAUAUUCAUGCUCCUUUGGGGACCAGACAACUUCAGCCACACUCACAGUGAAAACUGCGUCUGCCCAGUUCAUAGGAAAAUUGAGAAACAAGGAGGCCACAGAAGGGACCACGGCCACACUGCGGUGUGAGCUGACCAAAGAGGCCCCCGUGGAAUGGAGGAAGGGGACAGAGACCCUGAGAAAUGGGGACAAGUACAGCCUGAAGCAGGAUGGAGCGGUGUGUGAACUGCACAUCUGUAGCCUGGUUGCGGCAGAUGCGGGGGAGUACUUGUGUGUGUGUGGACAGGAGAGGACCUCGGCCACACUGACUGUCAAGGCUCUGCCCGCCCACUUCAUCGGAAGGCUCAGAAGCAAGGAGGCCACAGAAGGCACCAUGGUCACACUGCGGUGUGAGCUGAGCAAGGCUGCCCCUGUGGAGUGGAGGAAGGGAGCCGAGACCCUGAGAGAUGGAGACAGAUAUACCCUGAAACAGGAUGGGGCUGUGUGUGAGCUGCAGAUCCGCAGCCUGGCUACAUCAGAUGCUGGGGAGUACCUGUGCCUAUGUGGGCAGGAAAAGACCUCAGCCACGCUGACCAUCAGGGCCCUCCCAGCUAAGUUUGUAGAAGGUCUGAAGAAUGAAGAAGCCACAGAAGGAACCACGGCUACACUGAGGUGUGAACUGAGCAAGGUAGCUCCUGUGACAUGGAAGAAAGGAACAAAGACUUUGCAGGCUGGAGACCGAUAUGACCCGAGGCAGGAUGGAGCCGUGUGUAGGCUGCAGAUCCGUGGUCUGACCAUGGCCGAUGCCGGGGAGUACUCAUGCGUGUGUGUGCAGGAGAAGACUUCAGCCACGCUCACUGUCAGGGGCCUGCCUGCCAAAUUUAUAGAAGACUUGAGGAGCCAAGAAGCCACAGAAGGGGCCACAGCCACAUUAAGGUGUGAGCUGAGCAAGGCUGCCCCUGUGGAGUGGAGGAAGGGGUCCGAGACCCUGGGAGAUGGAGGCAGAUACAGCCUGAGGCAGGAUGGAGCUGUGUGUGAACUGCAGAUCUGUGGCCUGGCCGUGGUGGAUUCUGGGGAGUACUCAUCCAUGCCCACCAAGUUCACAGAGUCCCUGAGGAAUGAAGAGGCCACGGAAGGCACCAUGGUCACACUGAGGUGCCAGCUGAGCAAGGCUGCCCCUGUGGAGUGGAGGAAGGGAGAAAAGACCAUCAAAGAUGGGGACAGAUACAUCCUGAGGCAGGAUGGGGCCUCGUGUGAGCUGCAGAUCCGUGGCCUGGCUGUGGAAGAUGCUGGGGCGUAUUCAUGCCUGUGUGGGCAGGAGAGGACCUCAGCCACGCUGAGUGUCAAGGCCCUGCCCACCAGAUUCAUAGAAGACUUGAGAAGCCAAGAGGCCAUGGAAGGCACCAUGGUCACACUGAGGUGCCAGCUGAGCAAGGCUGCCCCUGUGGAGUGGAGGAAGGGAUCUGAGAGCCUGAGAGAUGGGGACAGAUACAGCCUGAGGCAGGAUGGGGCUGUGUGUGAGCUGCAGAUCCGUGGCCUGGUUGUGGAAGAUGCUGGAGAGUACUCAUGCCUGUGUGGGCAGGAGAGGACCUCAGCCACACUGAGUGUCAAGGCCUUGCCCACCAGAUUCAUAGAAGACUUGAGAAGUCAAAAGGCCACGGAAGGCACCAUGGUCACACUGAGGUGCCAGCUGAGCAAGGCUGCCCCUGUGGAGUGGAGGAAGGGGUCUGAGAUCCUGAGAGAUGGGGACAGAUACAGCCUGAGGCAGGAUGGUGCCACGUGUGAGCUGCAGAUCCGUGGCCUGGCUGUGGAAGAUGCUGGAGAGUACUCAUGCCUGUGUGGGCAGGAGAAGACCUCAGCCACGCUGAGUAUAGAUGCCCUGCCCACACGGUUCAUUGAAGAGCUGAAGUCCCAGGAGGUCAUGGAAGGCUGCACGGCCACUCUGCAAUGUCAGCUCAGUAAAGAGGCCUCCGUGGCAUGGAAGAAGGGAAGAGAGACCCUCAGAGAUGGAGACAAAUACAAGCUGCAACAAAAGGGAACCACGUGUGAGCUGCAAAUCCGUGACCUGACCAUGUCAGAUGCUGCAGAGUACUCAUGCGUGUGUGGGGAGGAGAAGACCACAGCCAUGCUGACUGUCAAGGCACUACCCACCAAGUUCACAGAGGGUUUGAAGGAUGAAGAGGCCACAGAAGGGACCAUGGUGACUCUGAGGUGCCAGCUGAGCAAAGAAGCCCCAGUGGAAUGGAGGAAGGGAACAGAGAUCCUCAGAGAUGGAGACAGAUAUAGUCUGAGACAGAACCAGGCUGUGUGUGAGCUGCAGAUCCGUGGCCUGGCUGUGGAAGAUGCUGGAGAGUACUCAUGCCUGUGUGGGCAGGAGAGGACCUCAGCCACACUGAGUGUCAAGGCCUUGCCCACCAGAUUCAUAGAAGACUUGAGAAGCCAAGAGGCCACGGAAGGCACCAUGGUCACACUGAGGUGCCAGCUGAGCAAGGCUGCCCCUGUGGAGUGGAGGAAGGGGUCUGAGAGCCUGGGAGAUGGGGACAGAUACAGCCUGAGGCAGGAUGGGGCUGUGUGUGAGCUGCAGAUCUGUGGCCUGGCUGUGGAAGAUGCUGGAGAGUACUCAUGCCUGUGUGGGCAGGAGAGGACCUCAGCCACACUGAGUGUCAAGGCCCUGCCCACCAGAUUCAUAGAAGACUUGAGAAGCCAAGAGGCCACGGAAGGCACCAUGGUCACACUGAGGUGCCAGCUGAGCAAGGCUGCCCCUGUGGAGUGGAGGAAGGGAUCUGAGAGCCUGAGAGAUGGGGACAGAUACAGCCUGAGGCAGGAUGGGGCUGUGUGUGAGCUGCAGAUCCGUGGCCUGACUGUGGAAGAUGCUGGAGAGUACUCAUGCCUGUGUGGGCAGGAGAAGACCUCAGCCACACUGAGUGUCAAGGCCCUGCCCGCCAGAUUUAUAGAAGGCUUGAGAAGCCAAGAGGCCGUGGAAGGUACAACAGCCACAAUGCAAUGUGAGCUAAGCAAGAAGGCCCCUGUGGAGUGGAGGAAGGGGUCUGAGAUCCUGAGAGAUGGGGACAGAUACAGCCUGAGGCAGGAUGGGGCUGUGUGUGAGCUGCAGAUCCGUGGCCUGACUGUGGGAGAUGCUGGAGAGUACUGGUGCCUGUGUGGGCAGGAGAGGACUUCGGCCACCCUGAGCAUCACGGCCCCACAGGUGGUGUUCUGGAAACCACUGCAGAACCUGAAAGUGGAGGAAGGUUCCACGGCCAGGCUGCAGUGUGAACUGUCAGUCCCCAAUGCCGCUGUGGUUUGGAGCAAGGGCGGCUUGGAGCUGCAGGCUGAUGCGCGCCGAGAGCCCCGGCAGCAGGGGUGUGCGGCAGAGCUGCUGCUUAGGGAUGUGCGCCGUGAGGAUGCAGGCGAGUACAGUUGCUCCUGCGGCUCCCAGACCACGAGCGCCACACUCGUGGUUACAGCUGCUCCCGUGCGGUUCCUCAGGGAGCUGCAGGCCCAGGAGGUGGAUGAGGGGACCACGGCGCACCUGCACUGUGAGCUGAGCCAGGCGGCUGCAAGCGUGGAGUGGCGCAAGGGCUCCCUGCAGCUGUUCCCUUGUGCCAAGUACCAGAUGGUGCAGGAGGGCACGAUGGCUGCGCUGCUGGUCCGAGAGGUGGAGCAGGAGGAUGCCGGUGAAUACAUCUGCGACGCGGGCCACACGCAGAGCGUCGCCAGGCUCUCAGUUCGAGCCCCCAAGCCCAAGUUCAAGACUGGCCUGCAGAGCACAGAGCAGGAAGCAGGUGGCGUGGCCCGGCUGUGUUGUCAGCUGAGCGAGGCUGAGCCAGGGGCUCCAGUGCAGUGGCUCAAGGAGGGUGUCGAGCUGCGCAUGGGCCCCAAGUAUGAGAUGCGGCGCCAAGGGGCUACGUGCGAGCUGCUGAUCCACGGGCUCGAGACCAAGGACACCGGAGAAUAUGCCUGUGUGGUGGGUGGCCAGAAGACCUUGGCCUCUCUCAGAGUCAAAGAGCCUGAGGUGACCAUUGUGCGGGGACUGGUUGACAUGGAGGUGCAGGCUGACGAGGAUGUGGAGUUUACUUGUGAGGUGUCGCGAGCAGGAGCCACAGAUGUGCAGUGGCGUCUCCAGGGUCUGCCACUGCAGAGCAAUGAAGUCACAGAGGUGGCCGUUCUUGGAGAUGGCCGUACCCACAUGCUCCAGCUGAAGGGUGUGACACUGGAGGAUGCUGGCACCGUCUCCUUCCAUGUGGGCAGCUGUUCAUCUUCUGCUCAGCUCACAGUCCGAGUCCCUGAGGUGACCAUUCUGGAGCCCCUGAAAGAUGUGAAGCUCAACGAAGGCCAGGAUGCCCAUUUCCAGUGCCGGCUGUCCAGGGCCUCAGGCCAGGAGGCCCGCUGGGCUUUGGGAGGGGUUCCCUUGCAGUCCAAUGAGAUGAACGACAUCGCUGUGGAGCAGGGAACGCUCUACCUGCUCACUCUGCAUAAGGUGACCCUGGAGGAUACUGGAACCAUCACUCUCCAAGUGGGCUCAUGCUCCUCAGAAGCCCAGCUGAAGGUCACAGCCAAGAACACAGUGGUGCGUGGCCUGGAGAAUGUGGAUGCCCUGGAGGGCGGCGAAGCUCUGUUCGAGUGCCAGCUGUCCCAGCCUGAGGUGGCUGCCCACACCUGGCUCUUGGAUGAUGAGCCUGUGCACACCUCGGAAAAUGUGGAGAUGGUCUACUUUGAGAAUGGGCUGCGGCACUUGCUGCUGCUCAAAAACCUGAAGCCGCAGGACAGCUGCCGAGUGACCUUCCUGGCAGGGGAUGUGGUCACAUCUGCAUUCCUCACUGUGAGAGGCUGGCGCUUGGAGGUCCUGGAGCCUCCACGAGAUGCAUCUGUGAGAGCUGGUAUGCAGGCCUCCUUUACAUGCACACUAAGUGAGGCGGUGCCCGUGGGCGAGGCUACAUGGUACAUCAACGGGGCUGCCAUCCAGCCUGACGACACCGACUGGACGGUCACCGCAGAUGGCAGCCACCACGCCCUGGUGCUGAGCAAUGCCCAGCCCCAACACACAGGAGAGGUCACAUUUGCAGCUCGUGAUGCCGUGGCCUCUGCACGCCUCUCUGUGUUGGCCCUCCCUGACCCUCCUGAAGAUGCUGAGGUGGUGGGUCGUAGUGGCCGUUCUGUGACCCUAUCCUGGGUGGCUCCCAUGAGUGAUGGUGGUGGCGGUCUUUGUGGUUAUCGUGUGGAGAUGAAGGAGGCAUCCACCGGCCAGUGGCAGUUGUGCCAUGAGCUGGUACCUGGGCCAGAGUGUGUGGUGGACGGCCUGGUCCCUGGGGAGACCUAUCGCUUCCGAGUGGCAGCUGUAGGUCCGGCAGGUGCUGGGGAGCCUGUACACCUGCCCCAGAUGGUCAAGCUAGCCCCAACCGCAGCCCCAACUCCAACUCCAACCCAGCCCCCGGCCCCGGAGACACGCCAGGCAGUAGCUGGUGAGGAUGUGUAUCUGGAGUUGGAAGUGGCAGCUGAGGCUGGUGAGGUCAUCUGGCACAAGGGAACAGAGCUCAUCCAGCCUGGCGGACACUUUGAGGUCCUCUCUCAGGGUCAGCGGCAGAUGCUGGUGAUCAAGGGCUUUAGGACGGACGACCAAGGGGAGUACCGCUGUUGUCCCGCCCGGGGCCCGCCCUCCUCAGGGGCGGCCACUUUUAAUGUGGUGAUGACCUCAGGCUCUGGGGAUGAGGUCCCCUCGCAGCCCAGCCUGCCUCCUGAGGCAGCCCAGGAAGGCGACCUGCAUCUGCUCUGGGAGGCCCUUGCCCGGAAGCGCCGCAUGAGUCGGGAGCCCACUCUGGACUCCAUCAGUGAACUGCCUGAGGAAGACAGCCGUGUGCAACAUCUGCGGCAGGAGGCAGAAGAGACAGCCCCUGACCUCUCUGAGGGUUACUCCACAGCCGACGAGCUAGCACGCACGGGAGAGGCUGACCUCUCACACACCAGCUCUGACGACGAGUCCCGGGCUGGCACCCCUUCCCUAGUUACCUACCUCAAGAAGGCCGGGGGUCCUGGGAUCUCACCCCUGGCCAGCAAGCAUGGGGCCCAGGUGGCCACCUCUGUGAAGCCACAAAAGCAGCAGGAGCAAGUAGUGCCCGUGUGCCCGCUGCCAGGAGACUUGAGUGCAGCCGACCUGAAGGAUCCGUCCCUGGACAAGGCAGCUGUGAAGAUCCAGGCUGCCUUUAAGGGCUACAAAGUGCGGAAGGAGAUAAAGCAGCAGGAAGGGCCUGUGUUCUCCCGGACAUUUGGGGACACGGAGGCACAGGCUGGGGAUGUGCUGCGGCUGGAGUGCGUGGUGGCCAGCAAGGCUGACAUGCGGGCCUGCUGGCUGAAGGAUGGCAUGGAGUUGACUGACGGGCGGCACUACCACAUAGACCAGCUCAAGGACGGUACCUGCUCUCUGCUGGUCACUGGCCUGGGCCCCACUGACACUGGCCGCUACACCUGUCAGGUGAGCACCAAGUUCGGCCGUGUGAGCCACAGUGCCUGUGUGGUGGUCAGUGGGACAGAGAGCGAGGCUGAGAGUUCCUCAGGGGGUGAGCUGGACGAUGCCUUCCGGCGGGCCGCGCGGCGCCUGCACAGGCUCUUCCGUACCAAGAGCCCAGCUGAGCUUUCCGAGGAGGAACUCUUCCUCAGCGCCGACGAAGGCCCUGCGGAGCCAGAGGAGCCUGCAGACUGGCAGACAUACCGGGAGGACGAAAACUUUGUGUGCAUCCGCUUUGAGGCACUCGAGGAGGCCCGCCGAGCAGUCACCUGCUUCCGUGACAUGUUUGCCACCAUGGGCAUCGGGGUGGAGAUCAGCCUGGGAGAGCAGGGGCCCCGGGGCGUGGAGAUGCGCAUUGGCAAGGUGGCUCCCACGGUCACCCCUGCGGCGCCGCUGGCAAAGACCCCUGGCCUGCAGACUUCAGAUGCUGCCCCAGUGUUCCUGACCGAGCUGCAGAACCAAGAAGUGCAGGAUGGCUACCCCAUGAGCUUCAACUGCGUGGUGACGGGCCAGCCUGUGCCCAGUGUGCGCUGGUUCAAGGACGGGAAGCUGCUGGAGGAGGAUGACCAUUACAUGAUCAAUGAGGACCAACAGGGCGGGCACCAGCUCAUCAUCACGGCGGUGGUGCCAGCAGACAUGGGUGUCUACCGCUGCCUGGCAGAGAACAGCGUGGGAGUCUCCUCCACCAAGGCGGAGCUUCGUGUGGAGCUGACCAGCACAGACUAUGAUACCGCAGCGGAUGCUACUGAGACCUCAUCAUACUUCAGCGCCCAGGGAUACCUGUCCAGCCGGGAGCAAGAGGGAACCGAGUCAGAUGAGGGGCAGCUUCCCCAGGUGUUGGAGGAGCUGAAAGAUCUCCAAGUGGCCCCUGGCACACGCCUGGCCAAAUUUCAGCUCAAGGUGAAAGGCUAUCCAGCCCCCAAACUGUACUGGUUCAAAGAUGGCCGGCCCCUGACCACAUCUGCCCACAUCCGCAUGACUGACAAGAAGACCCUGCAUACCCUGGAGAUUGUCUCAGUCACCCCAGAGGACAGUGGCCAGUAUGCAGCCUACAUCAGCAAUGCUGUGGGUGCUGCUUAUUCAUCGGCCCGGCUGCUGGUCCGAGGUCCCAGUGAACCAGAAGAGAAGCCAGCACCAGAUGUGCAUGAGCGACUGGUGCCUCCCCGGAUCCUGGAGAAGUUCACCCCCAAGAAAGUGAAGAGGGGUUCCAGCAUCACAUUUUCAGUGAAGGUGGAAGGACACCCAGCCCCCACUGUGCAUUGGCUCAAGGAGGAGGCAGAGAAGGGAGUGCUGUGGAUUGGCCCCGAUACCCCUGGCUACACCAUGGCCAGCUCUGGCAAGCAGCAUAGCCUGGUCCUGCUGGACGUGGGCCGACAGCACCACGGCACCUACACAUGCAUCACCACCAACGCUGCUGGCCAGGCGCUCUGCUCUGCCAGCCUGCACGUCUCUGGCUUGGCCAAAGAGGAAGAGCAGGAGAGAGUGAAGGAGGCUCUCAUUUCUUCCUUCUUGCAAGGGACAAGCCAAGCUGUCUCAGCCCAGAUGGUGGAAUCUGCGGGUUUUGCUGAUCUUGCUGCACAAAGGAGAGGGGAGUCCCUGGUAGCUGAAGAGGCCCACGGUCACCUGUCCCUUGCUGAGGUGGGCACAGAAGAGUUCCUGCAGAAACUCACCUCACAGAUCACUGAGAUGGUAUCAGCCAAGAUCUCACAAGCCAAGCUCCAGGUGCCGGGAGGUGACAGCGACGAGGAGUCCAAGACGCCAUCUGCUUCUCCUCGGCAUGGCCGGUCUCGCCCUUCCUCCAGUGUCCAAGAAUCCUCUUCAGAGUCAGAGGAUGGGGACUCCCGUGGUGAGAUCUUUGACAUUUAUGUGGUCACAGCUGACUAUCUGCCGCUGGGGGCUGAGCAGGAUGCCAUCAUUCUGAGAGAAGGCCAGUAUGUGGAGGUCCUGGAUUCAGCCCACCCCCUGCGCUGGCUUGUACGCACCAAGCCCACCAAAUCCAGCCCUUCUAGGCAGGGCUGGGUGUCACCUGCCUACCUGGACAAGAGGCUCAAGCUGUCUCCUGAGUGGGGGCCCACUGAGGCCCCUGAGUUCCCUGGGGAGGCUGUGUCUGAGGAUGAGUAUAGAAUGAGGCUGAGCUCUGUCAUCCAGGAGUUGCUGAGCUCAGAGCAGGCUUUUGUGGGUGACCUGCAGUUCUUGGAAAGUCACCACAUGAAGCACCUGGACCGAUCUCCCCGUGUGCCUACAGCUGUGGCCAGCCAGAAGACAGUCAUCUUCCGUAACGUGCAGGACAUCAGCCGUUUCCACAGCAGCUUCUUGAAGGAGCUGCAGUCCUGUGACACUGAUGACGAUGUGGCCAUGUGCUUCAUCAAGAACCAGGAGGCCUUUGAGAAGUACCUUGAGUUCCUGGUGGGCCGCGUGCAAGCCGAGUCAGUGGUUGUCAGCACCCCGGUCCAGGAGUUCUACAAGAAAUAUGCAGAAGAGACACUGUCAGCCAAGGACCCCACGCAGCCACCCCCACCUCCGCUUCAGCAUUACCUGGAGCAGCCAGUGGAGCGGGUGCAGAAAUACCAGGCCUUGCUGAAGGAGUUAAUCCGCAACAAGGCCCGCAACCGGCAGAACUGCGCGCUGCUGGAGCAGGCCUAUGCUGUGGUGUCUGCCCUGCCUCAGCGUGCGGAGAAUAAGCUGCAUGUGUCACUCAUGGAGAACUACCCAGGAACCCUGGAGGCCCUGGGAGAACCUAUCCGCCAGGGCCACUUCAUAGUGUGGGAGGGGGCACCAGGGGCCCGGAUGCCUUGGAAGGGCCACAACCGGCAUGUCUUCCUCUUCCGAAACCAUCUGGUGAUCUGCAAGCCUCGGAGAGACUCUCGAACGGACACCUUCAGCUAUGUGUUCCGGAACAUGAUGAAGCUGAGUAGCAUUGACCUGAAUGACCAGGUUGAGGGGGAUGACCGUGCCUUUGAGGUGUGGCAUGAACGGGAGGACUCUGUGCGCAAGUACCUGCUCCAGGCACGGACAGUCAUCAUCAAGAACUCAUGGGUGAAGGAGAUCUGUGGCAUCCAGCAGCGCCUGGCCCAGCCUGUGUGGCGUCCCCCUGAUUUUGAAGAGGAAUUGGCUGAUUGCACCGCUGAGCUGGGGGAAACAGUCAAGCUGGCAUGCCGAGUGACUGGCACACCUAAGCCUGUUGUCAGCUGGUACAAAGAUGGGAAGCCGGUGGAGGUGGACCCACACCACAUCCUCAUCGAAGACCCUGAUGGCUCCUGUACCCUCAUCUUGGACAACCUGACAGGUGUCGACUCUGGCCAAUACAUGUGUUUUGCGGCCAGUGCGGCUGGCAAUGCCAGCACCUUGGGGAAGAUUCUGGUACAAGUGCCCCCACGGUUUGUGAACAAGGUCCGGGCCACCCCCUUUGUGGAAGGGGAGGAUGCACAGAUCACCUGCACUGUGGAAGGUGCCCCGUACCCUCAGAUCAGGUGGUACAAGGAUGGUGCCCUGCUAACCCUGGGCAACAAGUACCGGAUGCUGAAUGAGCCCCGCAGUGGUGUGCUGGUGCUGGUGAUCCGGGCAGCCAGCAAGGAGGACUUGGGGCACUAUGAGUGUGAGUUGGUGAACCGGUUGGGCUCCACACGUGGUGGUGGAGAACUGUACAUGCAGAGUCCUGCCCUGCGUGCCCGGGACCAGCACCACCGGGAACAGCUGGUGGCCGCUGUGGAAGUCACUGAGCAGGAGACAAAAGUCCCCAAGAAAACCGUCAUCAUAGAAGAGACCAUCACCACCGUGGUGAAGAGUCCCCGUGGCCGACGCCAGUCCCCCAGCAAGUCUCCCUCCCGUUCACCCUCCCGCCGCUCUGCCAGUCCACUGAGGCCAGGGCUGUUGACCCCCGAGAUGCUGUACCCACCAGGGACCAGCCCGUCCCGGAGGCUCGAGGUAGAAGCAAGCAGGAAGGCCCCGGUGCCUGCACUAUUUGUGACAGAAGCUGAAGCCCUCGCUCCAGCCUCGCAGCCCAAGCCCAAGUGGUUAGAGGUUGAGGAAACCAUUGAAGUCCGCGUGAAGAAGACCGGGUCACGGGGUGCGUCUCCUGUCCGAGAGAUGCCCAGCAGUGGAGAGGGCAUCGUCUUCACACUGCCUAGUGGGGUCGCUGGCAGGGACCCAAAUGCCAACAACUCCAACAACAAGAGUGUGUCCCGGGAAGCCCGGACCCGCAGCCCCGCUGUAGUCCAUGUUGGUGAACCCCUUGUCUUCCGUGUGGACUCAAUGGGCAAUGUGGACUGGGCAACUGCUAUCCCUGAGCCAAAGGAGGUUGGGGCCUCCCAGGAGGAAGAGAACUUUGCAAGGGAGGAAGGAGGCAGCGACAGAGAAGAGAAUAUCUCCCUAAGAGAAGAACCCCAGGACAUGGGCAGCCUUCAGGGCCGUGACCCUAAAAUCCUUACGCACAAUGGCAGAGUGCUAACAUUGGCUGACCUGGAAGACUAUGUACCCCAGGAAGGAGAGACCUUUGGCUGCAGGGACCCCACCCCCAGCACCCCUGAUGAACCUCCCUGUGAAGUCUCUGUGCUCCAGAGAGAGAUCAGAGAGCCCACUGUGGGGCAACCUGUCCUGCUCAACGUGGGGCGUCCUCCAGUCCCCGGUGCCAUACCCAGCUUCUUCGGGUCAGGGCCCCAAGUCCACAGCUCCGAGGGUGUCUCCUUCCUCUUGCGUGAGGACUGGACAGGGCCAGUGAGUGCCACCCCUUGGACAAGCUCCUUCCGUGCCCACGUCCAGAGUUCUGUAGAUAGCGGCCAGAAUAGCUUCAAGACAGAGGUUUCUACCCAGACGGUCAGCUUUGGGACCGUAGGAGAGACAGUCACUCUGCAAAUUAACCCCAAAGGGGGAGAGGCCCCAGGCCCCUCCCAGAGUUGAUGCCACACCCUGGGGACACAACCUGGGGACAACCAGGUAAGGUGAGUGGCCCAGAGCCUUGGGCCCUGCCAGGUACCAGCACCCACCCUGGAACCCACAGCUUACCUCGGGGACCUCUUACCCUCUGCUCUUCUCCAGUCUGGGAUGGAGUCCUCCUUGCUUUCCUGCCCGGUCCUUCCUACCUCACUGGACUUGUGCUUUGCCGGGAAGAUGAAGAAGUUCCUGUAGUGUUGGAAUAUGCCGAUGUCACUUCAGAAGAGCUCUGGCCAGGAGCAGUUCAGAGACUCCAACUUUGGACUCCAUCCCUCAGGCCUUCUGUGGGGCUCUGAAAACAAGAUGUGGACUUGGGUAUUUGCCCUGAGACACAUCCCAUUGAGGGUCUUCCCUAGGGUUGCAUCCAAGGCCUGUGUUGACCUGCUACCAGCUCUGCAGAUCUUCAGGGCCACUUCUGUGGUGGACACGGGCUGUGGGGUGAGGGAAAAUCCCAGACCAUGGCCCUGAUGAG